AUGUCCACAGAAAUCGGUAACAACAACAGCAACAACACCAAGAUGGGCCAGAAUUCUGCUUUGGAGCGCAUCAUACAAGCUAUCACAGCCGCUGCGCUUGUCGGAAUUCUCGUUAUCCUCGCGCUUUUACUCAUCGAGGUCAAGAAGUUCACCAACGAAGACCAAGGCCUCGUCGCUAGCCUCUCUUCCGAUCCACUGGGCAUAAAGAUCCCCAAGUGCGCCUUUAUAUAUGUCGGUCACGAAUCGGACGUGAUUAUCUAUCAAGAGGAUUAG